UGCCUGCGGGAGCACGGGGGCAUUGCUUCAAGAGAUGGCAAGGCAGGCAGCUGCACCCCUCCUUCCCGGAGUCCUCCUCCUCUUCUCCAUCCUCCCGGCUUCUCAGCAAGGAGGGGUCCCUGGUGCUAUCCCGGGAGUGGGAGUCCCAGGAGCAGGCUUUUUCCCGGGUGCUGGGGUUGGAGGUUUGGGAGCAGGACUUGGGGCUGCAGGAAAACCUCUCAAACCAGGGGUCGGAGGCCUCGGGGGACUUGGCCCACUUGGCCUGCAGCCAGGUGCUGCGGGUCUCUUCCCUGGAGCCGCCUACCCUGGGGGCGUCUUCCCAGGUGCUGCCGCUGCCGCUGCGCUCAAGGCUGCUGCGAAAGCGGGUGCUGGCAUUGGUGGCAUGGGUGGAGUUGGUGGUCCUGGUGGCCUCGGGGUCUCCGCAGGUGCGGUGGUACCGGGCGGGGUGCAGCCCGGGGUUGGCGCGGCAGGGAAACCCCCCAAAGUACCAGGUGCUGGGAUUCCUGGAGCUUUCCCGGGCGGCGUGCUCCCUGGCGCAGGUGUCCGCUUCCCUGGCGUAGGGGUGCUGCCCGGAGUACCCACUGGUGCUGGAGUCAAGCCGAAAGGUCCAGGAGCAGGAGCCUUCGCAGGAAUCCCUGGACUGGGAGGUUUUGGAGGUCCGCAGCCUGGUGUCCCUCUGGGGUAUCCCAUCAAAGCUCCUAAGCUCCCAGGUGGCUAUGGAUUGCCUUACAGCACUGGCUUCGGGCCCGGCGGGAUAGGAGCUGGCAUCGGCAUAGGAGGAAAGGCAGGGUACCCCACCGCGACAGGAGUCGGAGCACAGGCAGCAGCAGCAAAAGCAGCAGCGAAAUAUGGAGCCGGUGUCCUGCCCGGGGCUGUCGGCAUCCCGGGAGUCGCCGGAGUGGUACCCGGCGUCGGCGUUGUCCCAGGAGCCGGAGUUGGAGUGCCGGCAGCGGCGGCAGCGGCGGCAGCAGCGGCGAAGGCAGCAGCGAAGGCAGGAGCUUUUGCUCCAGGGGUGCUGCCAGGAGUUGGUGGCGUCCCAGGCCUCGUGCCCGGCGUUGGCGGCGUCCCCGGCUUGGUGCCCGGUGUCGGAGCUGUCCCCGGGGUGGCAGGAGUCGGGGCACCGGCAGCAGCGGCAGCAGCAAAGGCAGCUAAGUUCGGAGCUGGCGUCGGCGUUCCUGGUGUCCCCGGUGUCCCUGGUGUCCCUGGUGUCCCCGGUGUCCCUGGUGUCCCCGGUGUCCCUGGUGUCACCGGUGUCCCCGGCGUGCCUGCCGUGCCCGGCGUGGCUGGGGUUCCUGGCGUGGUACCUGGCGUUGGAGUGGGUGGCCCAGAAGCCGCAGCAGCCGCAGCGAAGGCUGCAGCGAAAGCUGCGGCGUUCGGAGCAGGGCGCGUGCCCGGAGUCGGCGUGCCCGGCGUUGGCGUGCCUGGCAUCGGCGUGCCCGGCAUUGGCGUGCCUGGCGUUGGUGUGCCUGGAGUUGGCGUGCCCGGAGUUGGUGUGCCUGGUGUUGGCGUGCCCGGUCUGGUGCCCGGAGUCGGAGUUCCAGCGGCCGCCGCUGCUGCCAAAGCAGCCGCCAAAGCAGCCAAGUACGGUGCUCUAGCUCCCGGCGUGGGUGGCCUUGUUCCUGGCGUAGGUGCCCUGGCUCCUGGAGUGGGUGCCCUGGCCCCCGGCAUUGCAGGUGUCCCAGGGGUUGGAGUUCCGGCCGCAGCGGCAAAAGCAGCAGCGAAGGCAGCCAAAUUCGGUGCCGGGGUCGGAGGGGUGCCAGGUGUGGUGCCCGGUGUCGCCGGAGUGCCAGGAGUGACACCUGGCGUCGGCGUCGUGCCCGGGUUGGUGCCGGGCGUGGGGGUACCCGGUACCGGCAUCCUGCCCGGGGCAGGCAUCCCCCAAAUAGGGGUGCAGCCUGGUGUGAAACCUCCCAAAUUCGGUGUUCCCGGGGUUGGAGUCCCAGGGGUCGGCGGCAUCCCAGUCGGUGGCCUCGGAGUUGGUGGCCUCGGAGUUGGUGGGCUUGGAGCUGUUGGGAAACCUCCCAAGCCAGGGGCUGGAGUUCCCGGCUUUGGUGUGUCACCGAUAUUUCCAGGUGGGGUCGCCGGCCAGCUGGGAUUCGGUGGGAAGCCCCCCAAGACCUUCGGAGGAGCCCUUGGUGCCCUGGGCUUUAGAGGUGGCGUGGGCUGCGCACAAGGGAAGUACUGUGGGAGGAAGCGGAAGUAACCGCCCGCCGUCACCGAUGACCUCAUGAACUUUGGUGCUACUGCAUGGUCCAGAAUGUAAAUCCCAAGCAAAGCUGAGACACCCCCCCCUCCCCAAAACCCCGGACCCCUCCCCCCCCCCAUCCCGGGGCCAUCCCUGGCCCCACGUUCCCAGGAGGGACCCCGCACCUCCGGCAGCG